AUGGAACUCAUUGAUCAACUAGAACAAAUUGUUGAACGAAUUGAUAAUAUUCCGGGAGAUAUUGAUGAAAUGGAUCUGGCCCUCUUGGCCUUUCUGUUUCUGUUUGAUGACGAGGAAAACGAGGAACAAGAAGAAUUUGUGUGGACAAAGAUUACUGUAAACCUCGACGAAUACCGUUACAUGGCGGAUGUGUCAUUCAGGCUGCACUUCAGGAUGUCGCGAGUGGUGUUUGAAGAGCUUGCGUUACAAGUGGGUCCACAUCUGCGCUCAAACAAGAGUGUGGGGCAUAUUCUCAUGAUGUCAUUGUGGAUCCUGGCCACUCCUGACUCCUUUCGGAGUGUCGCUUUACGGUUUGGUGUGUCUCCUGGAGUACUUCAUUAUAUAUACAGAAAAGUAUUACAGGUUCUUUGCGAUCUCGCCCCAAGCUAUGUUCAGUGGCCAACUGCGAGAGAAAGAACAGAAAUUGAGGAAAGAUUCAGAAUAGCGUGUCAUCUACCUGGAGUUGUUGGUGCUGUUGAUGGCACGCACAUUUACACAAUUCGACCAGGAGAGAAUCCAACAAGGUUGGUUAAUCGAUUCGGCACCUUCUCUAUUGCACUGCAAGGUGUAUGUGAUGACACACUGCUGUUCAGAGAUAUUUACGUUGGCGAAUCUGGAAAACAGCAUGACUCCAGGGUAUUUCGUAGGAGCCCACUUUCAGCUCUUCUGUUAGAGGAUGCAAACAACACAUAUCUCUCACCAGAUCAAUAUAUACUUGGGGAUGGUGCUUAUAUCCUAACUGAUCAGGUACUAAAGCCUUUCCGAAAUGACGGGAACUUAAGUGAUGUUCAGCGCUGGUUCAAUGUAUGUUUAGCAAGUGGAAGGGUUGUAAUUGAGCAGGCAUUUGGUCUCCUCAAAGGCAAAUGGCGUCGACUAAAGUACCUGCAUGUCCACUCAGAGGAGGACAUUGUGAAUCAUGUUGUUGCAUGUGUCAUGUUACAUAAUUUUCUCCUCUGUCAAGGAGAGCCAAUCGAUGAAGGUUUGAUCAACAACAUCCAUCCUCGAGUUGAGCAGCAGGUGCAAGAUCCUCUGGACCCUGAAGAGGAGCAUAUUAAUGUAGACAUUGAGCCAGAUCACCCUCUUCUUCAUGCUGCUAUGGCUCGAGGUGUGGAACUGAGGCAUCAUAUGGCCCAGCUUGUCUUCAAUGAAAAUUGA